UUGCCAUGGUGAAGGGAUUUCCCAGCCUCACAGCCCUCCAGCAUGCACGGAAUGGGCAGGGUGGGAGCUGGCAUCACAUCCCCAGCUCCAUGUCCUUUCCCUGCAGCGUCUCCCAUCUCCCACUGUGGCAGUGAAUGCUUGGCUCAGAGGUCACCUCCUUGAAAAGCCCACUCUGGAGAGGCCACGGCCAGGGAGGGCCUUGCUGGGGACAUCAGCAAGGAGCAGGAGGGGGCCUGGUGGUGACGUGUCCUUGGGUGCACUGGUGCAGGAAAGAAAACCCCUGCAGGUACAUUUUUAUGCUGAUCUGGCUCGGAGAACAUGGCCACUUCAGUGCGGACGUUCCCAGUUGCCCUGUGGACACCGACACCAGCUUCCUGGCUAGGAGGAAACACCACCGCAGCUGCAGAGGCAAAGUGUGUCUUCAACGAGGAAUUCAAGUUCAUCCUGCUGCCCAUCUCCUACGGCAUCGUCUUUGUGGUGGGGCUGCCCCUCAACUCCUGGGCCCUGUGGAUCUUCAUGUCCAGGAUGAGGCCCUGGAACGCCACCACCACCUACAUGUUCAACCUGGCUGUCUCUGACACACUCUAUGUCCUAUCCCUCCCCACCUUGGUCUACUAUUAUGCUGACCGCAACAACUGGCCCUUUGGGCAGUGGCUCUGCAAGGUGGUGCGCUUCCUGUUCUAUGCUAACCUCUACAGCAGCAUCCUCUUCCUGACGUGCAUCAGUAUUCACCGCUACGUGGGCAUCUGCCACCCCAUCCGCUCCCUGAACUGGGUGAAGACCAAGCAUGCCCGCAUCAUUUGUGUGGGUGCCUGGCUUGUCGUCACCAUCUGCCUCAUUCCCAACCUCAUCUUCGUCACCACCAGCUCCAAGGGCAACACCACCCUGUGCCAUGACACCACCAAGCCCGAGGAGUUUGACCACUACGUGCACUACAGCUCCUCCGUCAUGGCCCUCCUCUUUGGGGUCCCCUUCCUAGUGAUCGUCCUGUGCUACUGCCUGAUGGCCAAGAGCCUUGGCAAGUCGAGCUUCUCCAGCCCCAGCCCCCGAAUGCCCUCCUACAAGAAGCGCUCCAUCAAGAUGAUCAUCAUCGUGCUCACUGUCUUUGCCAUCUGCUUUGUGCCCUUCCACAUCACCCGCACCAUUUACUACACCUCCCGCUACUUCCAAGCCAGCUGUCGGACCCUCAACAUCAUCAACUUCACCUACAAGAUCACUCGGCCCCUGGCCAGCAUCAACAGUUGCCUUGACCCCAUCUUGUACUUCAUGGCUGGGGACAAGUACCGGGGGCAGCUGCGCCGGGGGCCAGCCCAUCGCCUUCGGUCCGUGCCCACCUGUGACCUGGCCCUGGUGUCCCCCUCCAUGGAGAGCAUCCUGGGCGGCAGCCACACUCCCAGUGACACCUGUGGGACUGGGACAGCACGGAGCAGAGGCGGGUGCUGAGGGGCCAAAGGGAAUUGUAGUAACCUCAUCCCUGGUCUCCAUACAUUGCAGCCCCCCGGGGCUCCAUGUGGGCACCCUGGCAUCCCCAGGUCCCCAAACCUGCCCUGCCCAGCCUCUGCGGGGGCAGACACUGCAGGGCUGAGGGCCGGUGGCCAUGGGCCUUGUCCCAGCCCUGCCCCAGAAUGCCAUAGGAAGAGGGUGCUUGUGCCAGCUGGGGCAUGACCACCUUUGGGGGACCCAUGGGAAUGGGAAAAAUGCUGAGAAAUCUAUUUUGGGGAGGCAGCUGGUAUCCCAUCCUGGGGUGCUCCUGGGGAUGUGGGGCACCAAAGAGAAGGGACACUGGUCCCUUCCUGGGCAUGCACAGCCCUUCCAACCUGCUCAAUAGCAAUGUGGGGGGACCAGACUGAAUCUGUGGAUGAAGCCGACACCGGGCCCUCUGAGUACCUGGUGGAGGUUGUCAGAGGUGCCCCUGUUACACUGGUGGCCUUGGGAAAGGUAGGGAGGGAUGCAGCAUGGGGUACUUGCUGCCCAUCACCCCUCAAUAAAGCCCCUUCCCUUUUCUC